AUGGAGCGCGGGGGCGGAGGCGGGGGGAGCCUCGAGCUCGCCGGCGGAGGUGGCGGAGGAGGCGGAGGAGGCGCCGGAAACGCGGAACUCUGCCUCCAAGAUCUCGUCACCAACAACACUAGUCUAUCCGUUCAACAUCAUCAGCACGCUGCUGCGGCAGCAUCCAUGGCUGGACUCCACGGUGAUCAUCUUCAAGGUAGCAUGCAUCAUCACGACAUUCAUGGUAAUUCGCAUCAUGAUGCUACCACUAUGCUACACAAUUCUAGUCAUCAGUUGCAUCACGAACCGUUGGAGAAACUUAAACUAUGGGCUCAAAGCGAUUUCCGAGACGAAACGAACGGUGGCUUGGCAAGGCUCGAUUCAACGGGUCAUGGGGCACAUACACCGGGUGGAAGCAAUCCUGGUACACCUGGUGUCACUUCGACGAUGACACAGUCAGCAGGAUUUUCAACGGCUCAACCAAGAUCACGCACAAAUACCACGCAUAGGCCGAACAUACAAAAAGGUAUUGGAACAAUAGAAGUUAAACACGAGUUGGGUGCCGGUGGUGGUGUCGUAUCUCCCGAUGGUGUUGUUGGCGUCAACGACACGGAUGACAAGGACGGUAAAAAGAACAAACGGCAAAGGCGACAAAGGACACACUUCACAUCUCAACAACUUCAGGACUUGGAGGCCACGUUUAUGAGAAACCGAUAUCCGGAUAUGUCCAUGAGGGAAGAAAUUGCGUUGUGGACGCACUUGACGGAAGCUCGAGUCAGGGUGUGGUUUAAGAACAGGCGAGCAAAAUGGAGAAAGAAGGAAAGGAACGCUUUGAAUGCAGCAGCUGCAGCCGCUGAUUUUGGGAAAUCAGGUUUCAGUACGGCCAGUUUGAAUGGAUUUAUCGGACAACCCUUUCCAGAUCCGGACACUCUUUAUAGUUCGUAUAGCACUUACAACAACUGGGCGGCUAAGGUACCGUCGCCUCUAAGUAGUAAAACGUUUCCAUGGGUGAAUACUUUGAGCUCGGUGGUACCAACCGCUUCUCAUCAUCAUCAUCACGCUCAAGUUAGUCCCGUGAAUUGUUUCAACGCGUCAACCUCGGUAGCCGGAAGUCAUGUAAGCGGCAUGUCGGUAUCCGUCGGUCAAGCCGCUACCUCGAUGUUACCUGGAAUGAGUUCGGGAUUGGGGGUAGCUGGUUCUCCUGUAGCAGCAUCGAGCGCCGCGUGUCCUUACGCGGCUCCAGCAGCGCCGCAUCAUCCCUACGGUCCACCGGUUUAUACGCCCCAUCAUAGAACGGCCGCACCGCCAGAAACGUGCACGGUAAUGACGUCUAGCAGCAUCGCUUCUUUACGAUUGAAGGCUAAACAACACAGCAGCGGUUACGGUGGUUCAACUGGUGGAUCAUUUGGUGCUGGUGGUGGUAGUGGUGGUGGUGGUGGUGGUGGUGGUGGUGGUGGUGGUACGAGCGGUGCAACUACCGGUAGCAUAAGUCCAGUGAGUUCAAGGGCGUCCUCGGUCGGUGGUAGUCUCAGUGCCUGUCAAUAUGCUUUGACGAGCGGCGGUGGAGGCGCCGGCGGCGCUGGCGGGGCGAAUCCUCAUUCGCCAGGUGGACCCGAGGCUCACGCGACCGCGAGAGCCCAGGUCUGAGGCGAAGCGGGGGCUACAUCUAGCCCCCAUCAUCACGGU